UCGCAAGGAACCGGAAGUGCCUGAGCCGCGGAGGCCGCCGCCGCUGCCGCCGCCGCCUCUAAGUGCCGCGUUCGCCGCUUGGGUUGCCACCGGCACCGCCGCCGAGGAAGCCGCUGCAGCCGAGUCGGGAGUGGAGGCGGCGCGGCAUGAAGCGGCACAGGCCCGCUCCGUAGCGCGCGCGUCGGCACGGUCCGGGCGGGGCCGGGGGGAAGGAAAAUGCAACAUGGCAGCAGCAAUGGAAACAGAACAGCUGGGUGUUGAGAUAUUUGAAACUGCGGAGUGUGAGGAGAAUACGGAAUCACAGGACCGGCCUGAAUUGGAGCCAUUUUACGUUGAACGAUAUUCCUGGAGUCAGCUGAAAAAGCUGCUUGCUGAUACUAGAAAAUAUCAUGGCUACAUGAUGGCUAAGGCUCCGCACGAUUUCAUGUUUGUGAAGAGGAAUGACCCAGAUGGGCCUCACUCAGACAGAAUCUAUUACCUUGCUAUGUCUGGUGAGAACAGAGAAAAUACACUGUUUUAUUCUGAAAUUCCCAAAAGUGUCAACAGAGCAGCAGUCUUAAUGCUCUCUUGGAAGCCUCUUUUGGAUCUUUUUCAGGCAACACUGGACUAUGGAAUGUAUUCUCGAGAAGAAGAACUAUUAAGAGAAAGAAAACGCAUUGGAACAGUUGGAAUUGCUUCUUACGACUAUCACCAAGGAAGUGGAACAUUUCUGUUUCAAGCUGGUAGUGGAAUUUAUCAUGUAAAAGAUGGAGGGCCACAAGGAUUUACUCAACAACCUUUACGGCCCAAUUUAGUGGAAACUAGUUGUCCCAACAUACGGAUGGAUCCCAAAUUAUGCCCUGCAGACCCAGACUGGAUUGCUUUUAUACACAGCAAUGAUAUUUGGAUAUCUAACAUUGUAACCAGAGAAGAAAGAAGGCUUACCUACGUGCACAAUGAGCUAGCCAACAUGGAAGAGGAUCCCAGAUCAGCUGGGGUUGCUACCUUUGUUCUUCAAGAAGAAUUUGAUAGAUAUUCUGGCUAUUGGUGGUGUCCAGAAGCUGAAGCAACUCCUAGUGGUGGUAAAAUUCUUAGAAUUCUGUAUGAAGAAAAUGAUGAAUCCGAGGUGGAAAUUAUUCAUGUUACAUCCCCUCUACUGGAAACAAGGAGGGCAGAUUCAUUCCGUUACCCUAAAACAGGCACAGCAAAUCCAAAAGUCACUUUUAAGAUGUCGGAAAUAAUGAUUGAUGCUGAAGGAAGGAUUAUAGAUGUCACAGAUAAAGAGCUAAUUCAACCUUUUGAGAUUCUAUUUGAAGGAGUUGAAUAUAUUGCCAGAGCUGGUUGGACUCCAAAGGGAAAAUAUGCUUGGUCCAUCCUACUAGAUCGCUCCCAAACUCGCCUGCAGAUAGUGUUGAUCCCGCCUGAGUUGUUUAUCCCAGUAGAAGAUGAUGCCAUGGAAAGACAGAGACUCAUCGAGUCAGUGCCUGACUCUGUGACCCCGCUGAUCAUCUAUGAAGAAACAACAGACAUCUGGAUAAAUAUCCAUGACAUCUUUCAUGUUUUUCCCCAAAGUCACGAAGAUGAAAUUGAGUUUAUUUUUGCCUCUGAAUGCAAAACUGGUUUCCGUCAUUUAUAUAAAAUCACGUCCAUUUUAAAGGAAAGCAAAUAUAAACGAUCCAGUGGUGGUCUGCCUGCACCAAGUGAUUUCAAGUGUCCUAUCAAAGAGGAGAUAGCAAUUACCAGUGGUGAAUGGGAAGUUCUUGGCCGGCAUGGAUCUAAUAUCCAGGUUGAUGAAGUCAGGAGGCUGGUAUAUUUUGAAGGCACCAAAGACUCCCCUUUAGAACAUCACUUGUACGUGGUCAGCUACGUAAAUCCUGGAGAGGUGACAAGGCUGACCGACCGCGGCUAUUCCCACUCUUGCUGCAUCAGCCCGCAUUGUGACUUCUUCAUAAGUAAGUACAGUAACCAGAAGAACCCACACUGUGUAUCCCUUUAUAAGUUGUCAAGUCCUGAAGAUGAUCCAACUUGCAAAACAAAGGAAUUUUGGGCCACUAUUUUGGAUUCAGCAGGUCCUCUUCCUGACUACACCCCUCCAGAAAUUUUCUCCUUUGAAAGCACGACUGGAUUUACAUUGUAUGGGAUGCUAUACAAGCCUCAUGAUCUGCAACCUGGAAAGAAGUAUCCCACUGUGCUGUUCAUCUACGGUGGUCCUCAGGUGCAGUUGGUAAAUAACCGAUUUAAAGGAGUCAAGUAUUUCCGCCUGAACACCCUCGCCUCUCUGGGCUACGUGGUUGUGGUGAUAGACAACAGGGGGUCCUGUCACCGAGGGCUGAAGUUUGAAGGCGCCUUUAAAUAUAAAAUGGGUCAAAUAGAAAUUGAUGAUCAGGUGGAAGGACUCCAGUAUUUAGCUUCUCGAUAUGAUUUCAUUGACUUAGAUCGUGUAGGCAUCCACGGCUGGUCCUACGGAGGCUACCUCUCCCUGAUGGCGUUAAUGCAGAGGUCGGAUAUCUUCAGGGUUGCAAUUGCUGGGGCCCCGGUCACUCUGUGGAUCUUCUAUGAUACGGGAUACACGGAACGUUACAUGGGUCACCCUGACCAGAAUGAACAGGGCUAUUACUUAGGAUCUGUGGCCAUGCAAGCAGAAAAGUUCCCCUCUGAACCAAAUCGUUUACUGCUUCUACAUGGGUUCUUGGAUGAGAAUGUCCAUUUUGCACACACCAGUAUAUUACUGAGCUUUUUAGUGAGGGCAGGAAAGCCAUAUGAUUUACAGAUCUAUCCUCAGGAGAGACACAGCAUCAGAGUCCCUGAAUCCGGAGAGCAUUACGAACUGCAUCUUUUGCACUACCUUCAGGAGAACCUCGGGUCACGCAUCGCUGCGCUGAAAGUGAUAUAGCUUUGCCCUGUGUGGAACUCUGGCGGACGCCGCCUGUUGAACCAAAUGAGGAGGUCUGAUCAAUAGAGAACCCAGAAUUGAUCAUCACAUUUUGGUAUCUGCCACAUAACAUCUACUUCUGGAAGUAAAUUUGGUGCCAUGCAGGCGUCUACAGCUUGUGGAUAACAAUCUAAUACCUUAACCAUACACACACACAGUGAAAUGAUGCGUAGAUUGCUAAGGGACCCAGAAAUACCAUGCGAAUUACUGAAAGAAAGAAGACAUUAGCACCACGUAUCCAUACCACCCUGAUUUCACUUUCAAUAGCAUUAUAAAUGUCACGGACUUAAUUAGUGUAUUUUUACAGUAUGCUUCUGAGUUUGUUAAAAUAUGAUGAUAUUAGUGAUUGGUUUGAUUCAGUUCCAGAGUAUCUGACUAGUUACAGAUUCGAUAGCACUUAAAUGUAACUGAAUAGCUUAUGCUUCAUUGCUUGGGGUGUAUCCAGCAUGGUAUGAACUAAUCACUAUUAAACCUAUGACUUGACCAGUCAUUAAUGAUUUUUCAAGGAUAACUUAGUGGCCUCCUAAAGACACUUGUUUUGGCUCUGACCAGUUUUUAGCCAAUUUAAACUCUAUCUGGUAUAAAUAAUUCUCAGUUUCUCAGUUCGCUUUGAAAUGACAGAGUGAGUUUUUCCUUUCACAUAAAAGCAAGUAACUGUAAAUGUAGCAUGGAUUUAAUUAGUCUUAUGAUACUGAUAAUUACAAGCAAAAAACAUUUUUAAUCAAAUGAUUAGAGCUAAAAUGUUUGCAGGCAAGUUUUUUUUUCCCCUCUAUGAAAAGAAAAAAGUACACAUUCACUGUAUUCAGAAAAUGUAGUGGUGCCAGAUCCCAUUUGGUAUUUUCUUAUUAAAAUGCCUCAGAGAUGUAGGGAGGUGGAAGGGAAUCACAGUAAGGGGGGAGACCAGGGCUGGGGAGUGACCGGAGAGGCCAGGGUCUGCUCAGGAGUGAAGCAGAAGUCAUGUUAACAGGAAUAUGUGUGGGGAGGCUGGGAAAUGAAACGUAGACUCCUAGAGUGGUAAGGACUUCAGAAUUAAGGAUCACUCUCCUGCCAACCCAGAUACAGACUACUACUCUUCAGGGGAGGAAACGUUUCUUAGGCUGACUUUAAUAAUCCUGAUUUUUCGUUAUUUUUCCUCUUAAUUUUAGAAAACUUACCCAUUCAGACUUUAUCCUUCUUAAAUUAUUUGAACAUAAUUUAGAUUUGGUGAACCUGAAAUUAAGGGGUUUGCAGAGAACCUCUUCACCAGAAACUACUCCCUGGCAAGCGCGCUGUCUCUCCAUGCUGGGGGCCCGGAGGCCCGGAGGCCCGGAGGCCUGGAGGCCUGGAGGCUGUCUUCCGGGCUGGCUGAGGCAGGCGGGCAUUUGCCUGAUGCAGCUCUAGCACGAGGGCUUUCCAGCGCUGGCUGACAUCUGCCCUCGGAGGGGCUUGGGGGCCUGUGGGAGACGGGCAGGAAAGGCAUCCCCAAGUUUCAGCCUGGUUCACACACUGCGGAGUCAGGAAAGCUGCUGCCAGCGCCUCCCACCAUGUCAAGAGCAGCUGUGGUUUCCUUGCUCUGCGCUCCGGAGCGGCGGGUUUCUCCGGUCCACGGCGCCCUCCGUGAGUAGGCUGGGGACGGCAGAGGUGGGCGAGCCAGAAGCGACAGCGACUUGGUGACUCUGGCCCUGGGAAGGGGCGGGCUUUUGCCGUUUGUGUAUUUAUACUGUAUGAUAGAUACCACACUUUUCCUUGUCUGUAUAUGUAUUGAUUUUCGUGUUUAUGAUAAUUUUCCAUAUCAAGAUCUGUUUAUAUUUUUUUCAAUGUUAAAUUAAAUUGAUUUGGGUCAUUUUUCUUCCCCAAGAAAGUAUUUUCCCUCAUAACUUAACAUACAUCUGACUAUUGAGGGUGGUUUUUGGUUUGGGGCGUAUUUGUGUCUGAACUAGUUGGCCUUGAAGGGUCCAUCCUUAUAUGGUAAUGUCGAUAGAAAUGGGGUACGAUGGCUCGGACACAGCCGCUCCUCUGAAACCUCUGGCCCACGAGGCCCUUGCUUCGAAACGGCCUCUCAUUUCCCCGUCACGAACCUGCAGGUGUCGUCCUUGUGCACCUCUCCGUCUGUCCUCCCGUCACCAGGAAGGCGUCUGUUACAGCUCCCAGGCACUUACCUGCCACUCGGCUGCUGCAGGGCGGGAACGCCUGACCGGCUUCACUUGCAGGAACACGGCUGGACUGAGUUUGCUUUUGCGACCUGUGCGGAAAGCACCAUUGUCAAUUGAAGCGCUCCGUGGAAACGUCACUAAAACUGACUGUGGGUAACAGCUCGGAGACCAGAGUAUACGAACCUGGUAACAGUUUGGCAAAAGCCACGAAGCACGAGGCUAACCCUGACACCAGGUUUCUGCAGGCUUGGGGAGUGAGUACACGGGCAGCCGCGCUCGGUUAGCAGCGCCUCAGAGUCGUCUGAGACGCUCCCUCAGAGAAGUGCACAGCCUCGAGCCUCACUCUUAGAAAUGGGGAUCCCAUUGAUUUGGGCGGAGACCGGGAAUGUGCGUUUCUAACGGCUUUCCAGGUAAUUCCAAAGCGAGCACCUGUGGACUCCUUGAAGAAACUCUGUAGAGAAUAGAGCUUGAGAAACUAAUGAGCGAGUUUUCUUACACUGGACUGACUGACAAGAACCUCAGACAGUAGGAGAGCUGCUGCUCCGGGCGUCUCAGUGACUGUGUGUCCCCUCUGGAGACGGCAUUUUGGAAUGAAGGCUUUUCCACCCGCGCCCGUCCUGGCGCCUCUCCAGAGCCUCACACGAGAGGAUGACGCCACAGUGCUCGCGUUACUUCACAAGGAUGGGAGAAAGGUUUUAAUGCUCACGUGUUUUGUCCCUUAGGGAAGGCAAAGCCCACCUCUCGGGAACAUUGUCUUCUCUAGGUGGAAUAUUUCUUAACGAGAUUUCUCAUUAUUAUUGAUACAUAAAUUUUUCAAGUUGUAGUAAGUUUUUAAUACAUACAAUCUAAUGUGCUCAUUUCUUAGAGGAGGAAGCAGCAUUCUGGAGAGAGGAGGAAUAGCCCUGUGGCCGCCGUCAGUUAGUGUUCAGUUGGUACCGGACCCCAUCAAGAGGUCCUGCCUUACGGGAGUGAAAUGAUAUAUAGAAAAGGUGACUUUUUAAAGAAGUAUUUAUUAAUAUAUUCCUAUAAAGCAUUUUAAAGGUAACCACAUAAAAUGGUUAAUUUUUCCAUUCUAAAGUAAAUGCUAGGCAUGCUUAUUAAUGAAGCAGUACUCCUAAUUAGUAUAUGACAAUUUGAAGCUAAUGAAAAUGGUUACACUAAAUGUGUCUUCUGUGGUACAGUGGGGCUUAGGUGAUUGGGGUGUAGAGCUGGGUGCUUGUUCAAGCCUGGGACCCCACCGUACAGCUGUUUGGUGUACGAAGAGACACAGCGCAUCUAAACUCAGAUCCGCAAGGUGAAUCUCCAGUCCCAGCAGAUACAAAGGAAUAGGUCCGUCCCCUGACUCCCACCUUUCCCGCCCCGCCUUCCUGCCUGGCGUGCAGAGCUGUGUGAGCACGGGUGCUGGGCUCUAGGGAUCACUCAAAAUUCCCUCCCAGAGAAGAAAACUAGUGUUUGUAUGUUUGUUUUUAAAUAACCAAAUACAGAUUUAUGUUGUAUUCAGCAAAAUUGGACUUCGGGUCUUUAAUUUUAGACAUAAAGUGCCUGCUGUUUGAAGCAUUGACUUGUAUAAAAGAAUUGCAUGUCUCACUUCAGUAAGUUUAUGGGUUUUCUCAUUUUCAGCUACAUGGCUUUUAAUCAUGUAAAGUGAAACAUUAGUUUUUGUUGCAUUUUAUUACAGGUUCUUUGUUGCAAUAAAGAUGCUGCUCAAAUUAA